GCUUCAGUGAGCGGCAGCCGAGCUGGGAGCCGCCGAGCUGCUGCGGGCUGCUGGCCGGCCCCGGGGGGAGCAGCGCGCCCUGGCCGGCACCCUGUGCGACGGGCGCGGCACAUCCCCCUGACGCCCCCCGCUAGAUGGGACUGAGCGCGGCGGAAGCGGAGGCUCCAGGCGCGGAGGGGUUUGGCUGAGUUCGCCCCUAACGGGGCGGCUCCCCUGAGCCCGGGUCACCGGGCAUGGCCAGGGGGGAGACCUGAACCCGCCCAGCCGCACGGGCAGCUCCCCCGCCGGACGGCAGCGGGGGCCGGCGCUGCGCUUGGGCGCCCCCGGCGCUGCGCGGACGUGGCUAUGCCUCGCCUCUGACUCGCUGCCGCCCCGGCGCUCGGUCCUGGGCCAGGAGCGGCAGGGACGUGCCGCUCCCGCUCUGCGCGGGAGAGAAGAUGGCCCUGGACAAACUGUGCUCGGUGCUGGAAGUGUUGUUAAUAACAAUACUUGUAGUGGAAGGGAUUGCUGUGGCACAGAAGACACAAGGUGGUCAGAAUAUUGGAGUGAACCACGUACCAUCUACCCAGUGUGACAACUGGGUUCGGACAAGCAAUGGAGGCCAUUUUGCUUCACCAAACUAUCCUAAUUUGUACCCACCAAACCAGGAGUGUAUCUACAUUUUAGAAGCUGCUCCACGCCAAAGAAUUGAGUUGACCUUUGAUGAACCUUAUUACAUAGAGCCCUCAUUUGAAUGUCGAUUUGAUCACCUUGAAAUUCGAGAUGGGCCUUUUGGUUUUUCCCCUCUCAUCAAUCGUUACUGUGGUCUGAAAAGUCCUGCACUAAUUAGAUCAACAGGGAGGUUUAUGUGGAUAAAGUUUACUUCGGAUGAGGAGCUAGAAGGAGAGGGAUUUCAAGCAAAAUACUCAUUUAUACCAGAUCCAGACUUCACUUACCUAGGAGGUAUUUUAAAUCCCAUCCCAGACUGCCAAUUUGAGCUUUCAGGAGCUGAUGGAAUAGUACGUUCCAGUCAAGUAGAACAAGAAGAGAAAACAAAACCUGGACAAGCAAUUGACUGCAUAUGGACAAUUAAGGCUACUCCAAAUGCUAAGAUUUAUUUGAGAUUCCUGGACUACCAAAUGGAGCACUCAAACGAAUGCAAGAGAAACUUUGUAGCUGUAUAUGAUGGAAGCAGUUCCAUUGAAAACCUGAAGGCAAAGUUUUGCAGCACAGUAGCAAACGAUGUGAUGCUGCAGACUGGAACAGGAGUGGUACGGAUGUGGGCAGAUGAGGGUAGCAGACUCAGCAGAUUCAGAAUGCUGUUCACUUCAUUUGUCGAUCCUCCAUGUUCAGGCAGCACUUACUUUUGCCAUAGCAACAUGUGCAUCAAUAAUUCUUUAGUCUGCAAUGGCAUUCAAAACUGUGCAUACCCUUGGGAUGAAAAUCAUUGCAAAGAGAAGAAAAAAGCUGGACUGUUUGAACAAAUCACCAAAACUCAUGGAACCAUCAUUGGAAUUACUUCAGGGAUAGUUUUGGUUCUUCUCAUAAUUUCAAUUCUGGUGCAAGUAAAGCAGCCUCGCAAAAAGGUUAUGGCCUGCAAAACUGCUUUUAAUAAAACCGGCUUCCAAGAAGUAUUUGAUCCGCCACAUUAUGAACUGUUCUCAUUAAGGGAUAAAGAGAUUUCUACAGACUUGGCUGACUUAUCAGAAGAACUUGAUAACUAUCAGAAAAUGAGACGUUCUUCUACUGCUUCGAGAUGUAUUCAUGACCAUCACUGUGGCUCUCAAGCUUCCAGUAUAAAACAAAGCAGGACCAACCUCAGUUCCAUGGAACUUCCUUUCCGCAAUGAUUUUGCACAACCUCAGCCGAUGAAAACAUUUAAUAGCACCUUCAAGAAAAGUAGUUACACAUUUAAACAGGCCCAUGACUGCCCUGAGCAGGUCAUAGAAGACAGAGUGAUGGAGGAGAUUCCUUGUGAAAUUUAUGUGAGAGGACGAGAGGAUGCUGCACAAGGCUCAUUAUCUAUUGACUUUUAAUCUCCUGCUAAAAGUGAAAUUGGUAUGUGUGGGAAUCUGACACACACUGUGUAUAUAUAAAAAUGUACCCUAUGUAGUGUGUAUAGGUAUACACACUUUUUAGCUUACUGUAUCCAAUUUUUUUUUUUUUUUUUAAAAAAGGAAAGCUCUUCGUAACCAAUAAUUGUUGCAGUUGUGGACUUUGCCCUCAUCCCCCACAAGCUGUCACUUCGGUUGAGCAACAAAACAGAAGGUUUUGCAUGGGAACUAUUAGUUAAAAAUAUUCUUAACUAAAUCUGAAAAUGACUAGAUUAUUUUUCUGCCCUCCCUUUCAUAUUAUUUCUUUUCCUUUGUUAAAUAGUUAGUUUUCAGACCAAUUUUAACUAGUUUAAGUAAAUAAAAAUGGUUAAAGGCACCACCUGUUUUGACACAGAUGUCUUAUCAUAUUUAUCGAAUUGCAGCUAGAGUUACUGUGGUAAGUGCCAAUUAAGAUGAGUUAUGUUGCAUCCACCUAUUGCAUCUUGACUAGUUUUUAUAUUGCUGCCUUUAAUUAUUGGCUCCUUAGUCUCUGUAUUCUGUGAGAAAUAUGUGAAAUGGUCUAUUGCCUUUUAACAGUAUUAUCUUAGCUAUAUUCAUUUUAGUAUCUUUGGGAAUAUAUGGCCUUUGUGGAUAAGAUUUAACCCAAUUCUCAAGUAUGUCUUUUUAGACACAGACUUUACACAAUGGCUUCUUUCAGGAAGAUGUAGAUUUUCAGAAGCAUAGGAGUGGGCCAAUUUCUGCUAUGUGUUACAGCCAUGCAACUCUGGCUCUGUUUUUUUCUAUUACUUGCAUAAAAAAACUCCAUUGACUGUUUUAUAUAUUUCUGUCUCCUGUAGUGAUCCUAGUGCUAUAUUCCUUAUGCAGCGCACCCCCCAACCCACAUUGAAAUCCAGGCUUGAUACUCAAUUGGUGUCUUAAUUGCACAAAAAGUACAGGAUGAAGCCUGCUACAUGUUACACUUUGAGAUCUAUGUGAUAACUAAGGUGUAUGAAAUUGUUGAGGACAAAAAUCUGAAAGUAACUGAAUGAGCCUUUUAGCACUUAAGACUAUCACAUUUUUCUAGCACUUGUGUCCAUGCUGCAAAAAUGCACAUUUCAUUUUUUUUUUAAGUGCAGCUUAGACCUUGUUUUUUUUACAGCUCAAGACAAUUUGUAAAACAACAAUUCUCAUGGAUUUUUUUAGACUUUUGAUAUAAUUUGAUACUAAUACAAACUGUUUAUUAAAUCAAGAUUUAACAGCUGUUCAGUAAGCCUCUUUCAGUGUCCCCAUUAGCAGCAUUGAAUAACAGUCAGUGAUUGGUGUGUACAUUGUAACUUGUAAAGAAUACUUAAUGACAUACAGUAGCCUUUUUACUCCCUGAUUUGUUUGGAUUUAUUUUGUUUGGGUUUUUUUGUUUACACAGGAACUGUUACUGUUUCACUAAAUGUGACCUUACAGUUCUCAGUUACUGGACAUAUCCUGUAUUAAGAAAUGUACAUAAAGACAACAUUUUUUUUUUUUUUUUGUUCUGACUGCAGACUGCAAUGAAAUUUAAUUUAGUUACGGGAGGUUUCUGCACUGCAAGGACAUAUCAGUUGCUGGGAAUGUGUGUAAAACAGACUAUUUUUCCUGUUUAAGAUUAAAACAAAUGAGACUUAA